AAUAUUAAUAACUCAAAGUAUUCGCUCAACUUUCUUUUCAAGUUUCUUGGGAUGUUUUGACACUGGGAAAAACUAAAAUGAUACGGAAACCAGAAAUCGCUCCCCAUGUGACUCAUCCGUCUCCCGAGAAAAUCACGUUUUGUUCACGGGCAACAGCUUUUUAACCAUAUUGGCUUCUGCAACGCCAAUCAAAACGAAACAUAACCUCAAAAACAUGAAUGAAUCAAUUACAUCAAAAUUGAAUCAAUCCGUAAAUAAUUAUUUUUAAAUCUGCUUGAAUUGGUUUAAAAAUCUUCUCAAAACAAAAUGAAUAUCUUAAAAUGAUGUGUCAAAAGAGAGACCAUCUUAACCUAAGUAAAGAUCAUAGAGUAAAAAAUUUCAAAUAUCCCUUUAUUCCUUAUCUUAACAAAAACACGGUUUUAUUUGUAUACAUACUAACGUAACUUUUUUAUGAAUGAUAAUAUGUACAUAUGACUUAUGACAAUGUGAAUGAGAUGUAGGUUAUUUGAGAAGAUCUGGCUAUAUCAUUAUGGCUCUGAAAUUGAGUGAUAAUGGAUAUCAGUGCAACAGACGAUGAGGACGUGUCUUUUCACCUUGGGGAAAUGUUCGAUAGUUAUGAAGACCUCGAACAGAAAUUGGAAAGAUUUUCAAAGCAAAGUCUUGUACAUUAUUGGCGAAGAGACAGUCGGACUGUAAAUGGAGCUCACAUGAAAACUGCUCGACCUAUCAGUGCCCGAUUGAAAUAUUAUUCUGUGAAGUAUGCUUGCAUUUAUGGAGGUCAAAAGUUCCUUCCUCGAGGAGCCGGAAGGAGACAAUCUCAAUCUAUAAGGACCAACUGUCCGGCUCAUAUAAUGCUAAGAGCUUCAAAAGACGGGACAAAAUUAGAAGUGACGAGUGUAAAUAACGAACAUAAUCACGAGAUUUCAGAGGAGUUAUUCAAGAAUCUUCCCCAGGAACGAAAACUUUGCGGAGAAAUUAGACAAGAGGUUCAAGAUCUCAUGCAACUUCACAUCGACAGAAAACGAUUAAAGGAAUACGUCAGAUUGCGAACCAAUAAAAUUCUGCGCUCCAAGGAUUUAUUCAACAUCGCGGCAGCGAACAAACACAAAAAGGAAAUCACUCCCGAGAGGGCUUAUCAGCUUUUUAAAAAGAUACAUGACAUUGAGAAGAUGCAGAGUAAGGAAAGCGGGAGGAAAAUUUUUUUGGAAUCAGAAGAAGACAUGGUGCAAACUAUAAAGAGGAUGAAGUCAGAGCAUGAAGCUGCUAGUUGGGUCCAAGAUAAUUUGUCGACAGAAUUGGAUGCUAGUGAAGGAAACGACGGUGAUGACUCUUACGGCGAUCCUCUGAUGCAAGAAGAGUCUGUUGAUGAAAUGAGCAAUGCAGAAGGUCAACUAGUUAGUGUCAGAAGAAGUUCUGAUUUAAUAAGCGUUAAUGGAGAAAUAGUCGGGGAGUUGGUGAUGGAAGACGGCGAUCCUUCGGUUAUAGUCGAGUCGAUUGUGAAUGCGGAUGAAUCUGUUUUUGUUGAUGAGAGAGAAUUCAAUACGUAUCACUUGGCUUCUAGUGUACGCGACAGUCAGUCUCCAACUCAAGAAGUGUUGUCUCCAAUUAUGCCAUCCGACGAGGGCAAAAUAAAAGAAGGAAACUCGUCUCGUCCCCUGGAAAAGGUCAUGUCAAUCCAUUCGUCACCUGAACGUAAAUCGCCCAUUCCAAACGAGGAGUCAGGGAAAAUAUGGUUGAUGAAAGAAGAAGGCAAAAUAGAUUCGGAAGUAGAUAGUAAUGCAGAAAGUGAGACGAAUAGAGUGAAAUCUAGGGAAAAUAAAGCCGAGAAUGAUAACCAGGAUAUCGUUAUUUCUGAAGAUGAGGGACACCAGUUGCUGAACGAACAGUUGGCGGUCCUCAAAGCUGAGCAGGAAAAACUUUUUCAUGAGACUGAAAUGUUGAAAUUGAAGAAGGAAAAACUGAGGCUGGAAAUCAAACUCUUGCAGUCGAAAGUAAUGGAAGAGAGUAAUGAUGUUUCUCAUUAUAUUUUCGUGCCUUAAGUGAGUUGUAGUCUUUAGUUAUUAUACUUUGAUAGAACUUGAGUUUAUGAAAAUAUGUGUAAAUUUCGAAUUGUAGACGCACAAGCGUAAAAAUCGUUACUUCGGGGUGACGAUUUUAAUGGGGUUGACU